AUGUCCAAUUCCCCUCCUAAGGAAACGGACGUUGAACAAGGAGUCUCGCCAGAUGACACGGAUGCACAAAUGAAUGAACAUACGGAUCCACACGCUCCUGGAGGCUACGAGUUUGAAGUCAAAGAACAAGAUAGAUGGCUCCCUAUAGCAAAUGUUGCACGUAUCAUGAAGACAGCUCUUCCAGAAAAUGCAAAGAUUGCAAAAGAGGCCAAAGAGUGCAUGCAAGAAUGUGUCAGCGAAUUCAUCUCUUUCAUCACAAGCGAAGCUUCUGAGAAAUGUCAUCAAGAGAAGCGCAAGACUGUCAAUGGAGAAGACAUUCUUUUCGCCAUGACCUCCUUGGGAUUCGAGAAUUAUGCCGAAGCACUCAAAAUUUACCUAUCAAAAUAUCGAGAACAACAAUCGACUCGAGGAGACAACCAAAAUAGACCAGGUAGCUCUGGAUUUGGAGCAGUUUCUGGAGCUACUACUGCAAAUGCAACUUCGGCAGCGUUCCCGGUCGGAGCAGAGGGUGCUAAUAAUGUUCUUGCUGGUCAACAGGUAGAAGCAGAACACGAUGGCGGUGCUUACGUUUAUGGUGGUGGUCACAAUGGUGCUACCGGUGGAGAAGGUUACUAG